GUGCCGCGCCGCCGUGUGUGCUCUUCGCCGAGUGUGUGUGUGUGCACCUUUGAGCAGUGACCUGAAGCUGGACAGUGUGUGUUCCUGCGCGAGUUUAGAGUGGCACAGCGCGGCGCCAGAGCCGAAAAGUAGAGAAGAGCACUGCUCAGUGAUCCUUCCUUACAACCAAGUGUGACGGGCCGUAAGGAAGAGUGGUUAUCGCCGUCUGUAACUUUCGUUGGCAGUGACUAUUUCAAUUGAUUUAUUUCACUGGCACCAGACAAGCUUGUUUCUGCGAAAUGGAAUGCAACUAGUAAAUUUCUAAUUUCGUAAUCUCGUCAGCAGCUCGCCAUCGUCUCAACAGGUUCAGCUUUAGAUCAGAGGUCGGGGCGCGAUGAGGUUGGUGCGCCGGAUAGCGGCGGCGGUGCUGCUGACCACGCUGCUGGCGGCCGUGACCCAGGCUGACCUCGGUGACCUCAAUGACCGGCUCGAGGCCGUCAUGAAGAAGCAGCGUCAGAUCGAGGACGUGGUUAGCCGGAGUCGAGCCGUCGGCCGCGGCAUCAACUUCUACGACGUCGCCAGGACAGUGGCCGGGCCCAACUACACCCAGCUGAUGCUGGAGACCAUCGAGGACGUGAACGCGCUGGACGAGCUGGAGCUGAUGCGUCUGAUCAAGCUGCACCAGGUGCUGACGCCGCCCCGGGACCAGCUCAUCAUCCAGCCGGAGCACGCGUGGAACACGGCCGAGCCCGAGUACAGUCCGGCCCAGAUGAGGGGCAUCUUCGACUUCCUAACGCCGCCGCCGCUCGUGAUCCCGCAGAAGUGCAGUUACAGGGGCUCGCAGUACGACUGCGGCGUCAGCGUGGGCUGCGUGCUGCGCGGCAGGAAGGCCAUCGACCUGUGCGACGGCGGCAUGGUCUGGAGCUGCUGCGUGCCCAGAGACGUGGCCGACAAAGACUACGCCGCCGAGGCCACCGUGUCUAACGCCGGUGCCAACAUCUCGAACACAUCUAUUGCUCUUGAUACAGCCGGUCUUGGUCCCCUAUCGUCUGACUUACCGACUAACUUUGACGCUUCCCACGCGACUGGCCCGUCCCCUGACCUGGCCGCGGCCGGCUCGGCGCCCCGUCCCCAGGUCACCACCAUGCGCGCGCUCACCCUGCCCUCCUACUACGGUCACCACGGCCGGCCCGAGCGGCCCGAGCGGCCCAGCCGGCCGUACCGCACGCCGCGGCCGCACCCCGUCUCCAUCAUCCCCAUCCUCGACGAGCCCAACCCCGAGACCAACCACGUCGGCGGCCACGCGGACGGCGACGUGCCCAGCUUCGGGCCCGUGUUCGAUAACCGUCCGUUCGUGGUGCUCCGGCCGCUGCGGCCCGGCACGGGGUACGUGUCGGGCUCUGGCCGUCCCCCCGUCCGGCCAGCGCGGCCCUCCCGCCCGCUGGCCGGCCUGCCCCCGCCGAGCCGGCCCGGUCUCCGACCCGACCCCGACGCGGACAGUAACCAUGUAGACCGGCCGCAGCGCCCGCUCCGGCCCAGUUCGAGCUCGGCAGACGCCAAGUGCGGUCAGGUGUACAGUCGCACCAACCGAAUCGUCGGAGGUCACGACUCGUCGUUCGGCUCGCACCCCUGGCAGGCUGCACUUAUCAAAGAAGGCUUCUUCUCCAAGAGAAUUGCUUGCGGCGGCGCCCUGGUCAACAAACGAUGGGUGGUCACCGCCGCCCAUUGCGUUUACAGAGCCGACAUAUCGAGUAUGAAGAUCCGGCUGGGCGAGUACAACGUCCGAGAGUACUCUGAGCGCUAUCCGCACGAGGACUACUCGCUGGAGCGGAAAGUGGUGCAUCCCAAAUACAACCCGUCCAACUUCGAGAACGACCUGUCGAUGGUGAAGCUGAGCAAGGACGUGGUGUUUAAGGAGCACAUCGUGCCCGUUUGUCUGCCCAACACGGACGAAUCCUUCGUCGGCGACACGGCCACCGCCAUCGGCUGGGGACGCACCGCGCACGGUGUGGCGUCCACCCCGAACGUGCUUCAGGAGGUGGACGUCGUGGUCAUUGACCAGCAGACCUGUCAGAACUGGUACAAGGGCGCCGGCCGACGCGAGGUCAUCCACAAGGUGUUCCUCUGCGCCGGCUACAAGGACGGAGGACGCGACAGCUGUCAGGGUGACAGCGGUGGCCCGCUGACACUAUACAAGGGAGGCCGGCGGACCCUGAUCGGUCUGGUGAGCUGGGGAAUCGGCUGCGCGCGCGCCGGCCUGCCAGGAGUCUACACCAACAUCGCCAAGUUCAUGCCCUGGAUCAACAACUACAUCAACACGUAGGCGGGCGGCGGACAGCGCGACGUGAAGGUGCCAUAACCAGCGCCGGUCGUGAGGAGCCCCGCACGCGGGGCGCUACCAGCACUGGAAGGCGAGUGUGUGGUGCAGCUGCAGCGACACCUAUGGCAGUGAGCUGAACGACAGCUGUAUGCUAUCGCCGCUGUGAGCGCUGGUGCUGUUCACGGUUUUUGUUUAGCUCGUGAUGCUUGCGAAGCACUCGAACUAUAUGUUGAAGAGCUGCGUCCUGACUCCCGCUCCGUCGAAACUCAUCAGAAACCUACGUUACCAAUGUCCCAGCAGCAGUCUUAGGGUUUGAUUUGCUUUAUAAAUGAGACCGGGUAAAGAGGUACUGAAUCAGUUUCAUGCAACCGGACCGUACACGACUACGAACAGGGACACGGAAAAGGGUACGUUUCGACUUGAAUAAUCGCGUAAUGCAUGGGAUGAGUCAUGGAAUGUGUAAAUUAAGCUACAUUGAAAGUUCACGCAUUGGUCGGUGGCUGAUAUGACGUGACUUACACAUGAUCUUUGAAUGGAGCUGCAUGAUCAGUUGUUAUUGUGAAUGAUAUUUAUAUUACGAUUUAUGUGACGACCGACGGGUACGAUUUUUUCUGACGGUGAAGACUCAUUGCAAAAUUCAGGGUGAAUUCUGUUGACAUUUGUUGGCACCGGCCGUUCGAAGUUGAACUCUCAUUCAUUUGGGAAUGCCGAAUUUCGACCUUAUGAAGCAGCAAGUGACAGCAUUUGUUGUUUACAAUAGCUUAUGUACGAUGCAUUAUAACGACAGGCCAACUUUUUGUUGUUAUACCGUUACUUGCAUAGGGACUUCAAUCGAGUGUCCCUUGCCGCGACUGUGUCUGAUAAUGUCGAGUGUGAUUGGACUUUCACAAGGUAACUGUCGAGAUAACAACGUGUCUUUCUAGUGCCUUGAAACCGCCUUCCAAUCUUAUCACUAACCACUCCGGAAACAAAGAAAAGUUAAAAGUUUUUUAGAUAUUUGUUUCACGCGCUCUCUUACAACGUGAAACAAACAGCCACAGAAAAUUAACGAAUCACGAAACGUUUAAUAGUCGUUUUUUUACGGAAUGUCAUACACUGUGCAAGUGUCGAAUAUUCACGCUGCAACGCAUUCUUAUUAUGAAUAUUCUGAUAUUUUCUAUGUUUCUUGCUGUCAAUGCUGUGUACGAAAGUUACCAUUGUUACAUGAUGCCUUCUUUGUACUUACCUCUGCCUGUAUUGUUAGUACCAGUACAACGCGUUGGAUGGGGAGCUGUUUUGAGACUCCGAUAUUGGUUGUCUACCAGUGAUAUGUGUCAUGUCGAUAGAAAUGCACGUCCAAAUAUACAUAAGAUGCACG